UCGACCACUUCCGCAUCUCAGGGAUCAACGGCGUCCACGUUGUGAUGGUGCUGGAGGUGCUGGGCCACCAACUGCUGCGCUGGAUCAUCCGCUCCAACUACCAGGGGCUGCCGCUGCCCUGCGUCAAGAGCAUCGUCAGGCAGGUGCUGGAGGGCCUGGACUACCUGCACACCAAGUGCAAGAUCAUCCACACGGACAUCAAACCCGAGAACGUGCUGCUGUGCAUCGGGGAGCCCUUCGUGCGCCUCAUGGCGGCCGAGGCGGCGCAGUGGGCGAGGGGGGGCAGCCCCCCAAAGAGUGCAGGUACUGCUGGGACCCCACAGCGCCCCAUAAGCCCCCCGGACCCCAUAUCCCCCCACAGACCCCACAUUAUAACAUAG